UUUUUUAUAGCACCAAACACGACUGAAGAACCAACUAUAAUACAAUAACCAUGUUGGUCACAUUUAAAUUGGUGCUUCCUUUUCGUAUUUUAAUGAACCCUUCGUCUGUGCUGCUGCUGCUGAUGAGUGGCUGUCACCAUGACAACGAGAUAACAACGUCUCUGCAGAAUCCAUUCACUCAAGAGGUGUGUUUGUGCCUUCCUCUAUGGGACAUUUUUACAUGUCAGGAAGAUGACGGAUGUAUAUGGCCUUUAAUGGAACAAUAUUUUUUUUUUCAUGAUGAUGACUAUUCUGGGGAGUGUGAGGUUCAAAACAAAAGGUUGUUUACUUCCUGUCCUUUUUUUGAUGAUAUUUAAAAUGAACUAGUCUAUGGAGGACGGCUGUCUGGGCUUGCCCACUUACUUGUCCACGCCGGCUGAGCCGUGCAGUGCUGUUUAAGAACAUUAUCCCAUUUUAAUCCCCUUUGCCUUCUGCUCCACGCAGGUGAGCAGACAGUCAGAUGGAGCAGGGUGCCACCGUCACACACCCUGGCUUAUUUUAUAAUUGCUUUCAAUGCUUUUUCACGCCUUUUUGCACUUUUUGUGGCUAUAAUUUGUCUUUUUUCUGAAUCAUCUUGCCCAUAAACAUGGAGGAGCCCAGCAUACGGCAGCAGAAGUUGGACAAUCAGCGAUCCAUUUUAAUGAAGAAGCAACAAAAGAAGCGUGCGGAUUGUCAAAUGGUGGUCGCCAACCGGGACACUCGCCAAAAGAACCGCAAGCAAAAAGGCCGCUCGGAUGAGACGCCGCUCUUGAUCAGCCAGUCCCUCAGCAACGUCUCGCUAAGUGAUCAGGUGGAGCACGCCCACGACAACCCAUUGGACGUCGUCACGCUGGGGGAGGGUGAUGUGAUGGAAACCGUCAUGUUGGAGGAGAUGCCUGGUGCUCCAGAAAAGAUCCACUUGGACACUGAACAAGAGGAGGAGGAGGAGACGGUGGAUAAUGAGGCGCCGGCGGAAGAGAAGCAGACCAAACCUGUGGAGGAAAACGAUGGACGGGAGACAAAAGACAAGAAGAAAGAGAAAAAAGCAAAAAGGAAGGACAAAGCAAAAGACCGUGAAGAUGGACAGAAGACAAACAAAACGACCAAACAGGAACGCAAAAAGAAGCACUUGCAGGACACCUCAACAUCCCCGGAGAGGGAGACAACAACUCCAAAGGAGAACCAUCAUGAAGAAAGUGAAGAUGAGGAGUUGCCGUCCCGCGACUCUCCCCGAAAGAAAAAACAUAUGGACACGUCAAGGUGCCAGAUAAGCGAGGAAAGCAAAGACGAGGAGGUUCAGGUGGACAGUAAAGAAGGAAAGAAGGAAGGAGAGAAAAACACACCCAGUUUAGCGUCCCUUAACUCCAACUACAAGGAGGGCUCAUCUUCAGGGAGUGAAUCCAACACCAGAACGGAUUCUCCGAUAUCGCUGGAGGACCUUGAGAAGUUCUCCUUGCGUCCUGCCCCCAGAGACAUGACCAUCCAGUGUCGGGUCACCAGGGACAGGAGAGGAAUGGAGAAGGGCAUGUACCCAACUUACUACCUCCACAUGGAGAAAAACGACGGAAAAAGGGUGUUUCUAAUGGCGGGCAGGAAACGGAAGAAGAGUAAAACAUCCAACUAUCUCAUUUCUACCGACCCAACAAAUCUGUCCCGAGACACCAGCUGCUACAUCGGAAAGCUAAGGUCCAAUGUCCUGGGAACAAAGUUCACCGUGUACGACGGUGGGGAAAACCCGGAGAAAAAGCCUUUCAUCCAAGAGUGUGAAUCCGUGCGACAGGAACUGGCAGCCAUUUGUUACGAGACAAAUGUUCUGGGAUUUCGGGGUCCCAGGAAAAUGACAGUGAUCAUCCCUGGCAUGCUGGAAAAUGACGAUAGAGUGUCCAUCCAGCCCAAAAAUGAACAUGACACGCUACUGGUGCGCCAUGCCAACAACAACACGAACAAACUGGUGACCCUGGUCAAUAAAUCCCCGAGCUGGAACGAGCAGACUCAGUCGUACGUUCUCAACUUCCACGGCCGCGUCACUCAGGCCUCUGUUAAAAACUUCCAGAUCAUCCAUCCAGAAAAUGAUGACUACAUCGUGAUGCAGUUUGGACGUGUUUCUGAGGACGUGUUCUCCAUGGAUUACAGCUUCCCCAUGUGUGCCCUUCAGGCCUUUGCCAUCACGCUCUCGUCUUUCGAUGGAAAACUGGCAUGCGAGUGACCUUCAAGUGCCGCAUCUGGACUACACUAUACACCCAUAGCUUUGUGUAGGAAUGUAGGAAUUAGCCCUUGUUCUUUAUAGUACGCUUCAUUAGGUACAACUUGCACAAUCUGAGCUGUUAAAUAAAUUUUUUUUUAAAAGUG